GAAUACAUUACUUUUAAGAAAAUUUUACUUAUUUUAAGUUCUCUUUUUGCAGUGCAACGUAAACAAGCCCAACAUAAGUAUUAAAAUCAGGGGCAAAUUCCCAACCAGGUGCAGAGAGCUGUGUGUAAUGGGGACAGUGAGGAUGAAAGGGGAGUUCUGCCCCCUAACUUUGUGGUUAAUUUGUAACCAGCAGAGCACACUUGCCCUUUGUCUCCCCAAAUAUCAGAUCCAGUCCACAGAACUCAUCUGGCUCAAACUGAAUGGUUCUGAGUUCAAACCUUUCUGGACUCUUAAUUAUGGGAACAAUCAAACUGAAAAUGGCCUUUAUCUUCAUCCUAACCUACUUGUGCCUCCUGGCCCCUGUCCACCAAGCGGCACCUCCAAACGUCACCGUCUCCGAUCUCUCCUACAAGAACAUGGAUUUCGCCAUGAACCUCUACAGAAAGAUCUCCAGCUACCACGACAAGAACGUCUUUUUCUCGCCUCUGAGCAUCUCCACCAGCUUCGCCGCCCUGCUGAUGGCCUCUGGUGGCGUGACGCGCCGGGAGAUCCUGACGACGCUCAACCUGGAGGAGCUGGAGGUGGAGGACCAGCCAGAUCGCAUCCCGAGACUCUUCCAGCUCCUCCAGGAGAGCAUUGCGCAAAACGACUCCCUGAACGUGGACCAGAGCAUGGCGCUUUUCACCCGUCGGCAGAUCGAGGUCCAGCAGGCCUUUGAGGAAGGAAUGAGGACGUUUUUCAACGCCGACAUCAAAACCGUGGACUUUACAGACACGCAGGGCAGCGUCAGUUACAUAAACGACUACGUCAGGCAGAAAACGAAGAAUAGAAUUGCUGAAAUGAUUUCCACCCUCGAUGAAACCACUCAGCUGCUGCUGAUCAACACCAUUUUCUUCCGGGGAGCCUGGGAGAUACCUUUCGACUCCGAUUUGACCAGAAAUGGGCCUUUUUACAUUGACAACUUCAACAUAUUGCAAGUGCCCAUGAUGGUUAAGGAGGACAAGUUCUACAAUAUGGAGGACAUUCCCCUCGGAGCCAAAGUGCUGAAGCUGCCAUACCUGGAAGGUGUUUCCAUGCUUAUCUUGCUACCCAACAAGGGAAUUGACUACACUGUGAUUGACGAUGAGAUUACUGGUCAGAGGUUCCUGAGCUGGGUCAAGGGGCUGCGCAAAACAAGACUGGAGGUGAGCAUGCCAAAGUUCAAGCUUGACCAGGAGUAUUCGCUGCACAAGCUCCUGCCAGAGAUGGGCAUGGCCAGCCUCUUCAGUUCUUCAGCAGACCUCAAAAGGCUCAGUACUGAAGCGGGCCUCAAAGUGUCGGAGGUGCUGCACAAAGCUGUGGUGGAUGUGGACGAGACGGGCACGACGGCGGCUGCUGCGACCUCGAUCGGCAUCAUUCCCUACUCUCUGCCCAGGAUGUUCAUCAUCAACAGACCUUUCUUCUUCUUCAUAUACCACGAGGAAACAAACUGCGUGCUGUUCAUGGGGAGGGUUAUUGACCCCUCCCGCAACUAGUACUCGCCCCUGUAUCUGUCCAAGCUCUGUAGCAGCCUGUGCAUAUGCGCUGUUCCCUAGUGAGGCUAUUGUGAUGCGUUUUUCUAUAAACCGACAUUUAUCCUACAUGCUUCCUUUUGCUUUGUUGUGUUUACAGGGUUUCUGCAACUUUUAGUUAAUUUAAGGACGGCUUGAAAUAUAAGAAAUGCUUUAAUAAAAUGCCUACUUUAAUCAA